CCCUGUCUUCCUCUUCUCCCUCUCUCCCUCUCUCCGUCUGUCUCUAUGUCCGUAAAGAGCUGGACUAGCGUCUAGGGCAGGUCGAUCCUGGUAUUUCAGGCUGACCCUGACGAAGCGUAGAAGCGUAGCCAGAUGCGCUAGGACCUGAAAGGCUGUGAAGGGGACUCCUCAGUGGAGGUCUCUUGCCAACUGCUCUAGUCUGGAAAUCGGGUGCGUUUGACACCGUACUUCAAACUCUCCUCAGCUUGUUGCAAAAAGGAGCCGCACAGAGUGUCUGACCUCCCAGACCACACAUCUGAGACUCAGAAGGAGAGCAGAAGUCACUAACAGGAUCUGGAGAUACACACAAAUGCCAACACGAAAAUGUGAAAAAGUAAGGGAGAGCUCAAAUGCAGUCCUCGAUUACCACUAAUUAUACAGUCCUGCAUUUGGGGACUCGGCAGGGGUCAGCAUCUGGAGGAUAAUGGAUAAGCUCUGGGAAAACACCUUCGUGAUCAUGGUAUCUCCCUUGCCAGUGUAAGUUGGGGAGGCCUCAGGCCGGGGCUGCCUCCUGCCUACCACGGAUUCCAAGGUGGUUCACCGGCCAGAUGGCUGCCAAGUCCUGCUCCGGGGCUCCGGGAGAGAUGCCUCUGACCUUCCAGGAUGUGGCUGUGUACUUCUCCAGGGCAGAAGGGCAGCAGCUGGGCCCCCAGGAGCGGGCACUCUACCGGGAUGUGAUGUUGGAGAACUAUGGGAACGUGGCCUCACUGGGAUUUCCAGUCCCUAAGCCAGAGCUGAUCUCCCAGCUGGAGCAAGAGGAGGAGCUGUGGGUCCUGGAUUUUCUGGGACCUGAAGAAGCAGAAGUCUUAAGAAGCUGCCAGACAGAUUCUGAGAUUGAGACCGAGAAGGAGCUAUCCAUUUUAAACCAGAAAUGUUCUGAAGAAGUAAAAACACCAGAAUUAAUAUCACAGAAAUUCCCAAAGGCUAAUUCACAAACACCUGAAUCCCAGGAAGCUUGCUACCAUAAAGGUCAGGAAGUAAGUUCUACUCAGAGUUUGAAGCGAGUUGCUAGAGAGGACUCUCCAGUAUGUAGGAAACAACUUCCAGAAAAUGCCCAGACUCCUGCUUUUGAUAGACACUUGAAUCCAAGCCAAAGUGUUGUUACAAUUCAAAGAAGUAAAACAGGACAGAGAGUCUUUACAUGUGACAUAUGCAAUAAAACAUUUAAAUACAAUUCAGACCUAAGUCGGCAUCGCAGAAGUCACACCGGGGAGAAGCCUUAUGAAUGCGGCCCGUGUGGGCGAUCCUUUACUCACAGUUCAAACCUCAUUCUGCACCAGCGAAUUCACACUGGGAACAAACCAUUCAAAUGUGACGACUGUGGGAAAACUUUUGGGCUCAAUUCCUAUCUCCGUCUGCAUCAGAGAAUUCACACUGGAGAAAAGCCUUUUGGGUGUAACGAAUGUGGGAAGGCCUUCAGUAGAAGUUCCAGUCUUAUUCAGCAUCGUAUAAUCCACACUGGAGAGAAACCUUACAAGUGCAGUGACUGUGGGAAGGCCUUCAGCCAGAGUCCCCAGCUGACUCAGCACCAGAGGAUUCAUACGGGAGAGAAGCCCCACGGCUGCAGCUGGUGCGGAAAGGCGUUCAGUCGAAAUGCAAGCCUCAUUCAGCACCAGAGGAUUCACACGGGAGAGAAGCCCCACAAGUGCGCUCAGUGUGGGAAAGCCUUCAGCCAGAGCUCCAGCCUUUUCCUUCACCACAGGGUUCACACCGGGGAGAAGCCCUAUGUGUGCGGUGAGUGUGGCAGAGCCUUUGGCUUCAAUUCUCAUCUCACUGAGCACGUCCGGAUUCACACUGGGGAGAAGCCCUAUGUUUGCAGCGAGUGCGGCAAAGCCUUCAGCCGCAGUUCCACGCUGAUGCAGCACCGCAGAGUGCAUACAGGGGAGAAGCCCUAUCGGUGCACCGAGUGCGGAAAGGCCUUCAUCCAGAGCUCCCAGCUCACCCUCCACCAGCGUGUUCACACUGGAGAGAAGCCUUAUGAGUGUGGGCUCUGUGGGAAGGCUUUCAGCCGGAGAUCAGCCCUCACUCAGCAUCAGCGGACUCACAUGGGAGAGAGUCCACAGGAGUUUGAGUGUGACCCAGAUUUUGUUUAUGACUCCAGCCAUCUGUCCACGGGAGAGAGACACGACAGGUCCUUCAGCCACAGUGCAAAACUUGUUCUCCAGUGGACAAUUCGGAGUGAUGAAAAACCUCGGGGGUGCACUGAAUGCGGAAAAGCUCUCAGCGCUUCCACACAGCACGUGGAGUUUCAGAAAAUUCAAGCUGCCGAGAAACCCUGUAAAUGCCAGGAAUGUGGGAAAGCUGGCAGUGGCGUGUCCCAUAUUCAGCAUCAUGUAACUGGGGUUGGAGAGAAACCACAAUUGAAUGAUGGAUCUGAAAGAUACUUAAUUCAUAUCAAAAAUAUUUUUCAAGAAAGACAUUUUUAAUGUGAUGAAUGUGGGAAAUACUUUAGAAAGUUUGUUUUAUAUUAGGUAGGACGGCAUAAUGAAAAUUAAACUCUCGCUGGGCAGUGGUGGCGCACGCCUUUAAUCCCAGCACUCCGGAUGCAGAGACAGGUGGAUCUCCGUGAGUUAGAGGCCAGCCUGGUCUACAAGAGCUAGUUCCAGGACAGGCUCCAAAACUACAGAGAAACCCUGUCUCAAAAAACCAAAAAAAGGAAAAGAAAAUUAAAUUCUCAUUAGCAGACUUGCCUCUUAGGAGGCUGGGACCCUAUGUGCCUACUGUCUCCACCCACCCCACUCCCCACGUCCAGGGUCCUGACUGACUUAGCACAGCAGGCCACCUUAGCAUCAGGUCAAGUUCAGGAUUUUAGCAGAGGGCCGAGUUUCAACACUAAAGAGCAGCUGAUGGAAGAUACGACAUAUCUCUUCAUUGGUGAUCGAAAACGAGAAACCCAGAGAUCUGGGGAAUUAGGUUUGUCACCUUUGAGAAUAUUGAUGAUGCUAAGGACAAGAUAUGGCAAGUAUGUGGACGGUCUGAGGACUGAGGUGGCUCUGCCAGUGGCUGGACUCAAUAUAGAUUCUCUAGGUGUAGAGGAGACUGGAGCUUUGGGGAACAGCCACUGUGAGGCAAGGAGAAGGGGCUACAGAGACAUCAACACCGAGUGGCAGUUGGUGACCGGAGCUUAGGGCCAGUGACAGUGACAGUGAGGACAGCUACAAAGAGUGAAGCUGCUGGAGGCUCUGGUGGCUGCAGUCUUGCGACAGUCGUGUGCAGAGAACACAUCCUGUACUCCCUCUCCCUGCCAGCAGCCUGACUGCUGCUGACACCACGCCGCCUCAUUAGCAGGCUUCUUUUUAAAGCAGAGCUGUCCUUGUGUUCUGUUCUGUUUUGUUUAAUGUUUUCCAAGUACUUGAGCCACAGGGAGAGGCAGAGUUUGAGGUUUCAGAUCAGACAGAGCUACACAGAUCCUAAAAAAAAAAGAAAAGCACUUCUGAAAAGCAUUUCAGAUUUUACUUUUUGUUUUUCCCGUGACUUCCGGUUUUCUCAAGGCUGUCAGUACAAGUACACUUGUGUCAGUUGUCUUUACUGUUGUGUGUGCGACGGGAGGAGCGCUGACUGUACGGCCUCUUUUCUCUGUCUGCCGGCGUCAUCCUGUGAGCCUGGGUGCCUCCACUUGGUUCUCUGAGAGCAAGCAAGCGGACUCUGAAUCUACGAUCUUUUGGAAGUUGAGCAAGCUGUGGAUUCUCCAUCUCCAUAUAAUAUUUCUCAGCGAAGCAUGGCUGGAUACCAGUUAGCAGCAGGGCUGCCUGAGUCCAGCUUGCACACCUCCCUGCUGUGUGCCCAGUGUCAGUGCAGACAGCGGGAGAUUCUAGGUGAUGUUUAUUUAUAUUGGACUUUUUACUGGAAUGUGUAUUACCAAGCCAUGGUGAUGUAUUUGCAAUGGCUGAGGAGUUCUAAUACCCAGUUUCCUUUGGAUUUAUCAAGCCAAUUAAAAAACUGAAAAUCACUAUCAA